GGUCUUACAACCACACAAUUCUGGCUUCUUAUGUCUGAAGAGUUGAGAUGGUCAGGCCACAGCACUCCAGUGUGACACGUAUCGGUCUGGCCUAUUCUACCAUCAAACAUUCAAGCCGCAUAAAAUUCGUUUAUUAAGCAUCUGGUGAUACCACCUAUGGUAUUAUUAUAAAAAGGUAGUACAAAGUGCUGGAUGGCUUGUUCUUGCUGGUUGAACCAAAAGCCUAUAUUUGUAUUUUAGGUAAUACGGUUUUUUGUUUGUUUUUUUUUUUUUUUUUUUUUUUUUUUGAAAUAGGUAAUACGAGUAUAUUAAUUCUUGCUAGUUGCUACUAUCAAAAUAAAAUAAAAUAAUUAAAAAAAAAUAUUCUGCUGUUGAAGGGUGGUUGUUCCUUGAUUAUUUUUUGGGGGAUAAUUAAAAGAAAUGUUGGUCUGUAAAUAAGCAGGUUUAUUGAUACCAUAUUCUUUGAAUUAGGUGCAAUCUUUACCUCUAUCCUUCAAAGCAGCUUAAUCCAAGGAUUAAGCGCCCUUCAGAGGUGAUGUUUAUAGAGGGAUCACAAUUUAUUCAUUCUUUUAGUUUUCAUACUAAUUUUCCAACUUUUUCCUACCAACUUCUUCAACUAAAGACUUCCAAACAUUCAAUUACUUACAUUGUGCGAUCAACUAUCCAUCAUCAUGCUCAUCUUGUUUCUUCUGCUAUCCUUAGCUAUUGCCUCUUUUUCUCCGGCGAAAUGCCAAAGCUCCUUAUCAAACCUGCAAAGUCUAGGCGAGUGGCAAGUCUUGCAUGAAAACAUCGGCAUAUCAGCCAUGCACAUGCAACUUUUGCGCAACAAUAAGGUUGUAAUGUUUGAUAGAACUGAUUUUGGCCCUUCUAAUAUCUCCCUCCCUUAUGGACGGUGUCGCCAUGACCCCUCUGACAUUGUCCUUCAAAUGGAUUGCACAGCACACUCAGUGUUAUACGAUAUUGCUACUAAUUCCUACCGCCCAUUGAUGGUCAACACCGACACUUGGUGUUCUUCGGGCUCUGUCCUUCCCGAUGGAACUUUGGUUCAAACUGGUGGAUAUAACGAUGGUGAUCGUGCGGUACGUACAAUUACACCUUGUGGAUCAGAUGAUUGUGAUUGGAAUGAAUACCCUAGUUAUUUAUCGGAGCGCAGAUGGUAUGCAACAAAUCAAAUUUUGCCUGAUGGUCGUGUUAUAGUAAUUGGUGGUAGAAGAGUUUUCAAUUACGAGUUCUUUCCUAGGACGUCUAAUACAUUUUCAUCUUCCUCGUCGACGUUUUGGCUUGAUUUCCUUUUGGAGACUCAUGAUGAUGAGGAAAACAACUUGUACCCUUUUGUGCACCUAUUACCAAAUGGUGAUUUAUUCAUCUUUGCCAACACUCGCGCUAUAUCAUUUGACUAUAUUCAAAAUAAACUAGUUAAGGAGUUCCCUCCCAUUCCCGAUGGAAAUCCUCGCAACUAUCCUAGCUCGGGCUCUUCAGUACUCCUACCUAUUGAUGAGAAUAAACCCGGUGAAGUUGAGAUCAUGAUAUGUGGUGGCUCACAUCACGGGGCAUUCACACAAGCAAUGUCAAAUAGGUCAUUUGUACGCGCAAACAACAAUUGUGCACGCUUAAUAGUCACUGAUGCGAACCCUAGUUGGAAUAUGGAGGACAUGCCAAUGGCGCGUGUUAUGGGGGACAUGUUACUACUUCCAACCGGUGAUAUCCUCCUUGUAAACGGCGCUGAAUUAGGCACUGCUGGAUGGGAGAAUGCCGCAAAUCCAGUCACUACUCCAUUGAUUUAUCGUCCAAACAAUGAAAUUGAACAUAGAUUUUUCAUCAUGAGUCCAUCACCAAGGCCUAGGAUGUACCAUUCCGCAGCCAUUUUAUUAACAGAUGGACGAGUUUUAGUAGGAGGAAGCAACCCACAUGUUUACUAUAACUUCACCAAUGUGGAAUUUCCAACAGAUUUAAGCAUAGAAACAUAUUCACCACCUUAUUUGUCAGCCGAACAUGCACCUAUGAGACCUAAUAUUAUCUACGGUGAUCAAGUAGUUGGCUACGAACAACCUUUUACAAUCACAUUCAAUGUGCUACAAUACCAAUCCGACGAUGUUGUGUCUGUUAACAUUAUUGCUCCAUCGUUUACAACACACUCACUAGCUAUGAAUCAAAGGAUGGUGGUUUUGAGAAUGUUAAGGAUUUCUCAAGUUUCAUUAGGGAUGUUUAAUGUAGGAGUUAUGGGACCUUCAACAAAAAAUAUUGCACCUCCUGGGUAUUAUUUGUUAUAUGUAGUUCAUGCUGGUAUACCAAGUUCUGGUAUAUGGGUAAAAAUCCAAUAAAGUUAGUGAAAACUCGUGUUAAUGUACUUGCUAUUUUUUUUUUAUUUUUUUAUUUUUGAAACUAUUUAAUGAAAAUAUUUGUUUCUUAGCUUUACGUCUUUGAAUUCUCAUUUUUCUCUCAAAUAUUGGUAAAUGGACUAUCAUUUCCUAUUUAUUUUCAUGUCAAUUAUGAAAAUCAAAUAUAGUAAUCCGUAAUAACUUAAUAAAAACCAUUUCCUUUCUUUUCUAUUCAUGUCAAAUCCUUUAACUCAAAAAGACCAAUAUUAUUAACUUGAUACGUACAUUAUAUGAUUUAUAUCAAAUCACUCUUUUUAAAAUAAUUUUUAAAUAUUUUUUUCAUCAAGCGUGUC